GGGGCCGGGUCAGGCCCGGUCCGGAGGCGGCGGGGGGGGGGGGGGUGGCGGCGACCAUGGCGCCGCGGCUGCAGCUGGAGAAGGCGGCGUGGCGCUGGACGGAGACGGUGCCGCCCGAGGCGGUGGCGCAGGAGCACAUCGAGGCGGCCUACCGUGUCCGGCUGGAGCCCUGCCAGCGCGGCGCCUGCCGGAGGAACUGCCGGGGGAACCCCAACUGCCUGGUGGGCAUCGGGGAGCACAUCUGGCUGGGCGAGAUAGAUGAGAACAGCUUCCACAACAUCGACGACCCCAACUGCGAGCGCCGGAAGAAGAACGCGUUCGUGGGCUUAACGAACCUCGGCGCCACGUGCUACGUGAACACUUUCUUGCAGAUGUGGUUUCUUAACUUGGAGCUCCGGCAAGCCCUCUACUUGUGUCCCAGCACCUGCAGCGAGUACGUGGCUGGAGAGGGCAUCUCAGAAGACAAAGGCUAUGAACCUCAGUCCAUUUGUGAGCACCUCCAGUACUUGUUUGCCUUGCUGCAGAACAGCAAAAGGCGAUACAUCGAUCCCUCUGGGUUUGUCAAAGCACUGGGCUUGGACACCGGACAGCAGCAGGAUGCCCAGGAGUUUUCAAAGCUGUUCAUGUCACUGCUGGAAGAUACUUUAUCCAAACAAAAAAACCCAGAUGUUCGAAACAUAGUGCAAAAGCAGUUCUGUGGAGAGUACGCCUAUGUCACGGUCUGCAACCAGUGUGGCAGGGAGUCCAAACUCGUGUCUAAAUUUUAUGAACUGGAGUUAAACAUCCAAGGGCACAAGCAGUUGACAGACUGUAUAACGGAAUUUCUUAAGGAAGAAAAAUUAGAAGGUGACAAUCGUUAUUUUUGUGAAACUUGUCAGAGUAAGCAGAACGCCACGAGAAAGAUCAGGCUGCUGAGUCUUCCCUGCACACUCAACCUGCAGCUGAUGCGUUUCGUGUUUGACAGACAAACUGGCCAUAAGAAAAAGCUGAACACCUACAUCGGCUUCUCCGAGCUGCUUGACAUGGAGCCUUUUAUGGAACAAAAAAAUGGCGUCUACGUGUAUGAACUUAGUGCCGUCCUCAUACACCGAGGCGUGAGCGCGUACUCCGGGCACUACAUCGCCCAUGUGAAGGAUCCCCAGACGGGCGAGUGGUACAAGUUCAACGACGAAGACAUAGAAAAGAUGGAGGGGAAGAAACUGCAGUUGGGGAUUGAGGAAGAUCUAGCGGAACCUUCUAAAUCCCAGACUCGUAAACCUAAGUGCGGGAAAGGGACGCACUGCUCACGCAAUGCUUACAUGCUGGUAUACAGGCUGCAAACCCGGGAGAAAUCUCUGACAAUCGAAGUACCAGCUUUUCUGCAGGAGCUGGUAGAGCGUGAUAACUGCAAGUUUGAGGAGUGGUGCAACGAAAUGGCCGAGAUGCGCAAACAGAGCGUGGCCAGAGGCAAAAUCAAGCAUGAAGAGGUGAAGGAGCUCUACAAAAGGUUACCUGCUGAAGCUGGUGCAGGUUCCCCGUACGACUUCAUCUCUCUCGAGUGGCUGCAGAAAUGGCUGGACGAGUCCACUCCACCAAAACCAAUAGAUAACACAGCCUGCCUGUGCUCACAUGGCAAACUUCAUCCGGAUAAAAUAUCUAUUAUGAAGAGGAUAUCGGAGUACGUGGCUGACUUCUUCUACAGGAGAUAUGGAGGAGGGCCCAGGCUGAAUGUCAAAGCACUUUGCAAGGACUGUGUGGUAGAAAGGUGUCGAAUCCUGCGACUGAAAAACCAAUUAAAUGAAGACUACAAAACAGUUACGAACUUGCUGAAGAUAACAGUGAAGGGGAAUGAUGGAUUUUGGGUUGGAAAGGCGUCCUUGCGGAGCUGGCGUCAGUUGGCUCUGGAGCAAUUAAAUGAGCAAGAUGAAGAUGCAGAGCACAGUAAUGGAAAAAUGAAUGGAAACGCACAAAACAAAGACGAAUCCAAUGAAGAGAAGAGAGAGGAGGAAGAGGAGUUAAAUUUUAAUGAGGACAUCGUUUGCCCACAUGGUGACCUGUGCAUAUCCGAAAACGAACGGAGGGUGGUUUCAAAGGAAGCCUGGGAGAAACUCAAGCAAUAUUUUCCAAAGGCCCCUGAAUUCCCAAAUAACAAAGAGUGCUGUUCCCAGUGCAAGAUUUUGGAGCGCGAAGGGGAGGAGAACGAAGCUCUGCAUAAGAUGAUGGCCAGCGAGCAGAAGACUUCUCUCCAGAACCUGUUUCACGAUAAAUGCCGGCCUUGCCUGGGCAGCUGGCCUCAGGAGACAGAUGAGCUGUAUAUUGUUUCACAGUUCUUUGUAGAAGAAUGGAGGAAAUUUGUCAGGAGGCCGACGCGAUGCAGCCCCGUGUCCUCGGUAGGAAACAGUGCUCUUCUCUGCCCCCACGGGGGGCUCAUGUUCACCUACGCUUCCAUGACCAAAGAAGACUCCAAACUUAUAGCUCUAAUAUGGCCCAGUGAGUGGGAGAGGAUUCAAAAACUCUUCGUCGUGGAUCAUGUCAUCAAAAUUACCCGAACGCAAGCUGCCGGGGCAGACCCCGAGAGCGCACUUUACACCUCUGAGCCCCAACUCUGUCCAGAGUGCAGAGAAGGGCUCUUAUGCCAACAGCAGCGGGACUUGCGUGAGUACACCCAAGCGACCAUCUACAUCCAUAAAGUGGUGGAUAAUAAAAAGGUAAUGAAGGAUGCUGCUCCAGAGCUGAACGUGAGCAGCUCAGAAGCUGAAGAGGAAAGGGAGGAAAACAAGCCAGAGGGGGAGCAAGACCCAGAUUUUAACCAGACCAACGGUGGCGCGAAGCGCCAGAAGAUCUCGCACCAGAACUACAUCACUUACCAAAAACAAGGCAUCAGGCGAAGCACCCGGCACCGGAAAGUCAGAGGGGAGAAAGCACUGCUUGUUUCUGCUAACCAGACACUGAAAGAGCUGAAGAUACAGAUCAUGCAUGCAUUUUCAGUUGCUCCCUUCGACCAGAAUUUGUCGAUUGACGGAAAGAUCCUGAGCGAUGACACCGCAACGCUGGGCAGCCUGGGAGUCAUCCCCGAGUCCGUCAUUUUAUUAAAGGCUGAUGAACCACUUGCAGAUUACGCGGCGAUGGACGACGUUAUGCAAGUUUGUAUGCCUGAAGAAGGAUUUAAAGGGACUGGUUUACUUGGACACUGAUGGUUUUUCUAAACGCUGGCAACAGAGGAGCGACUAGAAGGGAAGAGGAUUUUGACAUGGUAGGGCAUUAAAAGAAAAAAAAAAAAAAAGUGGAUACAGGACUGAACUCUUUGACUCUUCCAGAAGGCAGAAACCCAUUCUGAAAUGCCUGCCCCCGCCCCCCCCCCCCCCCCCAAAUGCCUUAUGUCAAAGCAGAUUGCACUGAAGGACAUCCUGCCUUCAAGAGAGCGCUCCCGAUUUUAUAUUUAAUAAAGCGACAGGAAGGUUGGGAAGUUUAGCAGCAGUAAGAGCGUAUCGUGUUUACAGGCGAGGGAGAGGGAGGCAUUCCCGUGUGUCCCCUGACUCCGCGCCCGCACCGCGCUCCUCUGCCCGGCCAGGGGUUGUAAUCCAGGAGAUCAAACACGUCUUGAUCUGUUCUGAGUAUCUGUUUAGGUGUAACCUGCUUACAGAUAAUCCUGUCUUUGAUCCACUAUUACUCUUUCAGUACAGCAUGGAAGUAAAGAAAUUGUUACUUGUGAGGAAUGUCUAGCUCUUUCCAAGGAAAAAAAAAAAAAAAACACAAAAAAAAAAAAAAGCCACACUUCAUCUAUUUAACCCAAACUGUAAGCUGUGGUCUGCCUCCGAACGCCUUCCAGCGCCGAGGGGCCGGGGAGCCGCCCCCGCUGGCUUUUCAGCCGCUCGCCUUCACCUCCAGACGUUUGAUGAUCUUUCAAUAACCACCUGGUCUUUUCUCCGUGAACUGUGUUUUUUUUAGAAACGUGGGGUAUUUUAACGACUUUUGAUAACAUCUUUUCCUCUGGUCCAGGACUGCGCUGGUACCCACGGCCUGGGGGGAGCCCGAGCUGGAGGUGCUGAAGGGGGUGCGGGUGGGUGGCGUGUUUCCCAUGGGAAGAGGUUUGGUUUUUUUUUUUUCCCCUCUCUAUUCUCAUUUUUUAUUAGUGCAUAGGAAUGCACUAAUAAUUAUUAAUUGUUUUUUUAAAUCUGUAGCUCCCAGAAAAGAUCUCUCCCCGUUGCCUAUUAGCAGCAGGAACGAGCGUGCCACUUCCAGACUUUUCUAAAAGGGCGCUGUCCAGGUCGCUCCGUAAUAAAGUUAGAUGUUUCCUUUUUCAGCCUUUUAACUUGUUUCCGUGGCAAAAUGUUGAUGCAAAGAGUCCAGUUGCUGCCACGUCAGUUUUGUUUUCAAAAGGAUUGCAGGAGUGGGGGACACACACACAUCCCACCCCACAGCUGAACUGGUGUUACGUUUUACCCGAAGAAUUGCAGCUGCCGCUGGCCGAGCGCAGGGGCUCCGCAUCCUCCUCUGCCUCCCUGCUGGGUUUUGGGGCGAAGCAGCCUGGGCUGGGGGGGGGACAUGGAGCUCCUGAAAGGUGGUUUUUGGGGGACAAUUUGGACCCGCAUAUUCUUUCCCAAGGUAAAGACGUCGGCAGGAAUUUGGUGCGCCAAAGCUGCUCCAUCCUUCGGGAGUGGGCAGGAGGUUUUCUUCUUCUUCCGAGACUGAAGCACUCGCUUGUGUACAUAUUUCCUGGAAAUUUUUUUUUUUUUUUUUUUCAAGUUGCUGUUAGUUUUUUUUUUUUUUUAAUGUUACAAAAAAAAUCUCUUCCUUGAGCUUAUACUGUUGCAAAUUUAAAGUCUUUAAACUCAGUGGGGAAGGAAGUAGCCGGGGCCGUGGCGGUGUUCCCAAGCUGUGCGGCCGCAUCGCCGUGCCUCGCGGGGGGGGACACGCAGGUACAAGAUGUGAUCAAAGGCCCAGUUACCGUUUUGUCUGUUAUUUGCAAACAUUAUUGGAUUAAAAUUGUCAUUUGAGCUGUGGAAGCCUUAUUAAAGUGCAUACACAUGC